CUAAUUGUUGUGAUAAACUUAUUAAAUAGAUUGGCAUGGCUAAUUUUUUUGUCAUUGUUUUGUGUAUGUUUUGUGGGUGCGUUACAAACAGUAGUGAAUAUUUGGUAUCAAAUUUCUGGUCUGAUACUGUUAAUUCUACAACUUGUGGGAAAACAAGACCUGGCCUCAUUAAAUAUUCGGAAACCCUUAUGGGUGGGGAAUGCAAUGUGUCAUAUGACAAUGAAGGUCAAAUACUAAAGAAAACCCUCUGUCAAUCUAUUGUUUUGUUGGUUGGACUUAUUUGCACCAAUGAAACUUCAUCAGUAACUGAUCCUGGGAAUCAACUUGAAACAGGCAGUAUGACAGUAAAUGAAGCUUGUGGAGAUGGUGGGAUUCCAAAAUGUAGGAACGUUGGCCUCUUUCAAAAAGAAACAAGUUUUUCCAUCAGUGAGAAUUUUGACAAAAUUCUUAGCAAUUGCUCCGAUGCAUGUGCUAAGAUGGGAUCAGUGUGCUCAAAUUUUGUCAGUUACUGUAGGAUUGCUUACGAAGAAGUCUUUCAGCUAGUUCCCGAUUCUCCUGCGAGUUCAAAUAAAAUCACAACUGUCAAAAAAGCAGAAAACCUUUCACUUAUCAACAAAACGAGCACAGCUCCUUCCAAAGCGAUAUCUGAAGACAAGGUUUCACAAAGUGCGCCGGGGGUUAGCGAGGACCUGUCUAGUGGAAAACUGCCUAACAACUACUACGAAUCAAACGAAUCAGGAACGUUUAUCGGGGACCACCUGUACCUCAUUGCUGCAGCGACUUGUUUGUGUAUAGGCAUCUACGCUCUACUUCUUAAGAAAAACAGGAUGAUUGCCUGCCUGCUCGAAGGAAAAAGACCCAGAUCUAAAAAGUACACGAGGGUUUCGAUGACAGCUGGCCAAGAUGUGAGCGCGCGCAUGAGUUGUAGCCAGAGACAAUCGGAACACUCACCACCCCUGUUCAAAACGACGUUUGAUGACAGCGACGACGAAUUGAAUUCAGUUGCUGGUCCUGCUGAUUUCCCUCCAAUGCUCAAAGAUUACUAGCAGUAUUAGUGCAGUUUCAAUCGAUUUACAGACACCUUCUCCCAUUGUUCUUGUAGUCAAAAAGCAUCAUUAUUUUAGAUCUAAAAUAUCGCGCGAAAACUGCGAUGGCUUAAAGGCUAAAAAUAUGGCAUACAAUCAUUCAAUUUUUGCAAAUAUAUGUAAAUAAUAAAUUCUAUAGGAAAAAGACAUAAUUUGAAAUUACUUGCGACAAGUAGCUGUUGUGGGUCUCGAGUCUUUAGUGGUGCCAUCUUCUGAAUUUCUAUUUUUGAUAAUCG